CCAUGCAACAUCCUGAUGUGAAGGUGAUGAUGGAUGAUGUUUUUUUUCUUGUUUAGUUUUUUUUUCUUCUCUAUUCUCUUGGGGGUGCCGCACAGCUGCUACUUCUUUAAGAGCCACCGCCCGCCCCCUCUCCUGUAUUUUUAGCUGAGCCAGCUUCUUCAUUUGCUGGAUAAGACAGACAUAUCUCUGUGUGUGGAUAGGAAAAUCGCGCUUGAUCGUUUGAUCGUUUUUUUAUUGCAUGACAUCCAUUCGCAUCCGGUGGAUUCGCAGUGGGCCCGUACAGCCAGAUGUUCCCUUUGGAGUGCCUUUAGCCUGUCUACCUUGGUGCAGAGAUUUGUCCCCCCCCCACACCACCACCACCACCACCACCCCUCCCCAAUCGGAUGCUGAAACGCGCAGUCAACCCCGUGGAUGCUCGAUGUGCAUUAGAAAACGCAACGCUGCACCAGGCACCUAAAAUGAAGCGAGAUCAAAUGAAAUAAAAAAAAAAGGGGGAGCAAAUCUAUUCUGGUCGAAUAUUGCAGCGCAGAAUCCUGCUCCUCUUCGGCCCCUCUGCUUCCUCUUUUCCUUGGACCGGGGGAUCAGGAGAAAACCUUCAAGACGGAGGGGGUAGUGGAGCAUCGAGGGAAAAACAGGGGCAACAUGAGAGAGCGGGACUUCAUGCCCAACAUGGAAAGAGGCAAACCUGCCACUUACACGGGGGACAAAAAGGCUAAAAUGGCUGCUAAGACUAACAAGAAGUGGGUGAGACUUGCCACUGUUUUUGCAUAUGUGUUGUCUGUGUCCUUAGCAGCCAUUAUCCUGGCUAUUUACUACAGCCUGAUCUGGAAGCCGACCAGCUCAUCCUCCUCUUCUGUGAAGCCCGUGGUGCCUGAGGGGGUCUCCCCCACCGCCAACAUCUCGGCAGUUUCUCCCAACAGCAGCUUCUCGGAGUGGAACUCUACACAGACAGUGCUGGUGACGGACGCGGCCGCGAACCAAAGCGGGCUGGCCACGACCGCGCGCAGUUAUGCGGAAAGGGGGUCCGUCUUCACGCACCGCGCGCCGGGGACAGAAAGUGCGCAGGAGGACCGGCCGUACGCGUCUUCCCACGGAGAGACGCACACGAGCGCGCCUCUCCCCCCGGAGGACGAGGGCGACGCGGUGACCGAGAACAGCAGCCCCGAGCGGGCGGCCGCCGACGGAGCCGCGGUGCCUCCGACUUGAAAGCCGGACCUGAGAGGAGACUGAUCGGGCCGCCCAUUAUAACCCAUCACUGCACCCUCUCUUAUUUAAAAAAAAAAAAAAAAAGACGGAUAGUUUUACAUUCUCAAAGCCGCUGGUCGGAUUAACACAAAGGUCUUCUUGCUGGAGAGCUCGAUUUACAGAGCCCCCCGUAUGGAUGCUGAACUGCACAUAAUAAGUCAUAACCUUGAUUUAUGCCUGAGAACAGAGGAGCGCUAUUUUUCUUCAAAGAUCAAGUUUUCCCCUUUACUAUGCUUUCCUUUUGUUUCAGGACCUCUGUAUGCCUUAAGAUGAACUUUUGAAGCCACUUACCUGCCCAAACUGUGGACAAAAUUGGUAAAACGUUUCUUUUUUUGCUAGAUUAUAGCAAACAAAGGCCAAAACUGUGUUGUUGUUAUUUUUUUAUUAUUAUUAUUUUUUUUUUAGCCAGACCUUCUGGUGUACUGAGAUAUCACUUAUCAAUUUAAAUCAAUAAUACCCAGCCAGCAUUUAUGUGGGGCCCACAUGGGUCAGAAAUGUGUUGAAAAAUGGCCCCCAAAGGGGAUUGUUUUCAGGUUACAUCAUAGGCAUAGGUGGGUGUGAGAUUCCGGUAUGAUAACCUAGAGUCAGAAUCGCAAAAUUUCACUGUAAACAAAUGUUUAGUCCAGUUGACAGAACCCUUUUCAAUUCAAUGUUGCUAGUGAAUUUAGAAUGAAAUUCAUUCACACUGAAUUUUAUGAGGGUGUCUAUAUGCGUAGGCUCUCCGGGUGGCUUUUUGCGUGAUUCGCAGACUUUAUGUGGCUCUCACACCUUUUUUUAGACCAGGCCUGGUCUAACGUUCUAUUCGUACCUUGUCAUUUUAAAACAGCACACCCUUAACCAGAGUGACAAGUGGCGCUCCUUCAGUUUCCACACCACGACCACCCGCGUUAUCAGCGUAUGGAGAGAUCCCUCUACGGUCAAAUUGUCUUUCUUGUAAGCAUAUAAAAAGUGUAGCAGCCAUCUUUGAGCCAGCUGAGUCAGCAGUGCACAGCAGAACGUGCAGGCCCAGCGGUGAACUACUUUCUGUACAACCAGAAAACACCCUCUGGUCAUUCUGGCAACAUUCGCUCGGAUUUUACUAAACACAAUACAAACUUAGGAAUGCUUUAGCAGAGAACUUUAGUGCUUUUGAAACAUUAACUUUUUUUUAAGUGUCAGUAUCCCCUCGUAUCUUCAUACCAGUAACCAGCCUAUGCCUAUGCAGGGUACAUUUGGGUUAAAAAAAAAUAAUGGGACUCAUAUGGGUUGUAGAUGUGUUGCACAAUUGGGUUGGGCCAUUAAGUAUCCAACCAGCCUGAGCAAAAAUCCAUAUGAGGCCCUCAUACACAUCUUGGCUGGGUACAUUAAUUCGUCUUUUUACUUAUAGCCUUUAAACUGUGCUUUCUUUGAUGGAUCAAAUCUGGAUUGCCAUUAGAAGAGCCUGCAUUCUUAAGUUAUGCUCAGGUACAGUAUGUGCAUAUAACCAUGUAAAUGUUAUGUGUAUUUGGUUAUGUACAUAUAAGACAGGCAUACAUGUUUUGGCCCUGAGCUUUUAGUGGAAUAUAGCAGAUUUUUAUUACAAGUUUCAGUAUGUAUAAUAGGCAUAACUAUAUCCCACCAUACAAAUAAACAUCUUUAGGAAAU